AUGUCUGGUCAAACUCCAAGUUCCUCUCUUCACCCCUCUUCAUCUUCAUCAUCGUCUCAACAACAACAACAACAUAAUAUCUCCUCCAAUAACCUCCAAUCCGAGUACGACAAUGAAAUCAAAGAGUUUCACUUCCAUGUCUAUUGGUUCCAAACCAAUGUAGCAUCUUAUGAGAGCGCAGUGAAGCUUCGAGAACGGAUCUUACAACUUGUGAAAGAAGGCUUCUUUAAGGGGGUGGUCCCAUUGAAGAAUGGAAUUAACACAGUUCCUCGAGGACCUCAUCCUGUUGGAAGUUUUGAAGUUUGGUGUGCUCGAGAAGAUUUUGCAAGGUGCUAUUCUUGGUUUGUAUUGAACCGAGGCGCUCAUUCCAUCUUGAUUCACCCCUUGACAAAGCAAGAAAUCGAGGAUCAUUCUUCAAGAGCUGCCUGGUUAGGAACCCCUGUACCAUUGGAUUUGUCAAGAUUGACUCCUUUUCUGGAGGAGGUUCCCUCACAGUACCCAGAAUUGGGCUUGGGAUAUAGUGCACCCACUAACUAG